UAGAGAAAUAGACGGAAAUUUUAUAAUCGAUAGUUAUUUUCGUGAAAUUAUUUAUUUACGUGAGUUUCCACACGAAUUGAAAACUAGUAGACACGAAUACGUUACACCUUCCAACGGCAUUGUUUUAAUGAUAUUUUAAUCAAGAGAUGCUCGCUAAUUCGAAUCGUUUUCUUCUCUAAAAAUUGGCGAUCGAUACUAUACUAAAGUGGGGUUAAUUUUAUUUACCAGUCCUUCGUGCGUCUAAAUUCGUUAGAACGAUUGAAAAGUGGAACGUUCGAUAUACCACCUCAUCGCGACGCCAUUUUAUUCGAGCUAAAACCGAAUACCGAAUAAAAUAAAAUCACUAGAACCGUGGUAUGACCUAUGAUGGACGUUUUUCCAAUCGAAUGACGAUAGUGAACGCGUUAAAAAAAAAUCCGUUGUUUAUUCGAACAGCUCGUCUCGUUCCAAGGGUAGCAACGACAAAGGACAAGCUUCACAUUCGAAAGACGUAGGACCACACGCGGGGGAGACAGGUCCUUAGUUUUUGCUAAGGAAUCGACAAAAUUCCAUCAAAAUCAGUGGCGAAGGAUUUCGCGAUCGGACAAGAGUGUAAAUCCUUCGUCGCGAUACCGCGGACUGGAAGUGGCCUGGAAGGACCGUGAAUGGACCCCCUUCUUCCUCGUGGACGUUGACGCGCGAUUUGGCCCACCGCAUCCUUUGACCACCGAUUUUCAACCGCCGGGGGGAUCCCGUAAAUCCAUCCGAACACCAUGUUGCAAUUAAACGGCGAUAUUUUCAACCCCCCGUCCCAGGACUCGGGAAAGACCACCUUCCAGACGCUCAUCGCCGACUCGAAUAUCCGUCAUCAAAUUAACGAUGGUUCCGAUUACAUCGUCAACCCCCAUUACGUCCGUUGCCCUGCCUACGAAGAGGCUUACAAGAACUCCCUAGAGAAUCCGGAGAAGUUUUGGGGCGAAGUGGCGCAGUGCAUCGAAUGGAGCAAACCUUGGACCAAGGUCUUUAAUAAUUCCAGACCACCAUUUACCAAAUGGUUCGUCGACGGGGAACUGAACGCUUGCUACAACGCGGUGGACCGGCACGUGAACGCCGGAAACGGGAACAAAACGGCUCUGAUCCACGACAGCCCUCAAAUCUCGACGAUCAGAAGAGUAACUUACAACGAACUAUUGGAGAAGACGUCCCUGAUGGCUGGCGCCCUGUACGACAUGGGCGUACGCAAAGGCGACAUAGUGAUCAUCUACAUGCCGUUGAUCCCUGAAACCAUAAUAGCCAUUUUAGCGACGACACGUCUUGGCGCCAUUCACUCGAUAGUAUUUGGCGGAUUCGCCGCGAACGAAUUAGCCACCAGGAUAAACCACGCGAAACCGAAGGUGAUUAUCGCGGCUAGCUGCGGCCUGGAACCGUCCAAGAUCAUUCGGUAUACCGAGAUGCUCAACAGCGCCCUGAACAUCAUUUCUGUAAAAAAACCACGGUGCAUCAUAUUUCAGAGAAGGAAUAUAUGGCAGAGUCCUCUCCUAGAGGGUCAAUUCGACUGGGACGACACGAUGAAGAGGUCGAAACCCCAUCCUUGCCAACCGGUCGAUGCAAACGAUCCCUUGUAUAUUUUGUACACGUCGGGAACGACAGGUCAGCCGAAAGGGAUCGUUCGAACGAUCGGUGGACACCUGGUAACCCUUUGCUGGUCGAUGAAAGCUGUUUAUGGCAUGGACAAGGAUUCCGUUUGGUGGGUGGCAUCCGACAUGGGGUGGGUCGUCGGCCAUUCUUACAUUUGUUACGGACCUCUCCUCUACGGAGCGACCAGCGUGUUGUACGAGGGAAAGCCCGAUAGAACACCGGACGCGGCACAAUACUUCAGAGUAAUAGAACAACACAGCGUGAAUGCAUUGUUUUGCGUGCCCACUGCGCUUCGAGUCAUAAAACGCGCCGAUGUUGACCUCACGUUAGGUCGGAAAUAUUCAACGAAAUCGUUAAAAACUGUAUUCGUGGCCGGCGAGUUCUGCGACUACGAGACAAAAGUCUGGGCGGAAAAAGCGUUCAAAGUACCGGUUUUAAACAAUUGGUGGCAGACGGAAACCGGCCAUCCUAUUACGGCAUUAUGUUUAGGAUACGGCCAUAAUACUAGUUUGCCAAAAAACAGCACCGGUGUUCCGAUUCCUGGUUAUCACAUCGAUAUUUUACAAGACGACGGUAGCAAGACCGACAACCUCGACCUAGGCAGAAUCGUUAUAAAGUUACCAUUGCCGCCUGGUUGCGUGUCGACUCUGUAUCGAGCCGAUGAUAAAUUCGAGGAGAUCUACUUCUCGAAUCAUCCAGGUUAUUACGAUACCAUGGACGUUGGUUACAAAGACGAGUACGGAUACGUUUACGUGAUGGCACGCGACGACGACGUAAUCAACGUCGCCGGUCACAGACUGUCCACGAUGGCCUUGGAAGAUGUCAUUAUGGCGCAUCCCGACGUCGUAGAUGUCGCUGUCAUCGGUGUGCCCGACACAACCAAGGGAGAAGUUCCUUUGUGUCUUUACGUAAUUGGAUCAGAGGCGACAAAGAACGAAGAACAGAUCAACGAGGAACUGGUGUCGCGCGUGAGAGCUUUAAUUGGACCCAUAGCAUCGUUUAGCACGGCAGCCGCUGUAAGGGCAUUGCCACGAACACGUUCGGGGAAGAUAAUCCGCAAAUCUAUCGCCACAUUGGCUCGUUCGAAACUCGUUAAGAUUUCAAGUACGAUAGAGGACGCGACGGUGUAUCGCGAGAUAAAAGAAGUACUUCAGAAGCUCGGUUACGCUAGAUUAGCGCCGGAUCCUCAAUGAUAAGUGCAGUUAAGCUUUUGCCAUUUUUAUUAUAAACUUUUAAUAAUCGUAUAUAAAAUGUAAUACACCUACGUACGAUAUAUGUAUAGCUGACACGCAUAGGAGUGUACUUGAGAAAGACGCGUCGAAAAUUCGAGUUUAAUAGUUAUCUUUAUAAAUUGCACCGCAACUAUAUGUAUAUGUAUAACGAUUUUCCCAUAGUACAAUAAAGAGAACUUUUAAAUGAAUUUACGUCAUCGUGUUCACGGAACGAAGUCGAAAUCUGAGCAACUUAAUUAUAGUUUUUCAACUCACUGUCAGUGUUAGGCCCCUGUUCCAGUUAUAUUUCCGUUCUAAGCGGCAAAGAUAACGUGUUUUUAAAUCAUUGAAUAAAA